AUGGCAACCAUAGAUUUGUACACAAACCAGCUGAGCUCCUCGUCGUCGUCCUCGGACCAGGAGCUCAUGAAAGCACUCGAACCUUUUAUCCGGAGUGCUGCUUCACCCACCUCCUCCACCUCCGCCACCACCUCUACCUUCUCCUAUUCCUACCCCUAUUCCUAUUCCUACCCCUACUGCUCUGCUCUGCCUCAAGAUUCGUACUUCCUCCCCGCCACAUCCUCUUACACCGCGCUCCCGCCACCACCUCCUGCUCCCACCGCCACCUCCUUCUCGCAGCUCCCGCCUCUGCCGCAGUCCUCCUCGUCGUACGCCUCUCCGGCGGCGUCGUCCCCGACGUCGUCGGCGGACGCCGCGUCGGGGCUGGCGGCGCUGAACCACCUGGGCCCGGCGCAAAUCCACCAGAUCCAGGCGCAGCUCUUGGCGCAGCAUCAUCAGCAGCAGAGGGGCCUCCUGGCGGCGGCGUUCCUCGGCCCGCGGGCGCAGCCCAUGAAGCACGCCGGGGCGCCGCCGCCGUCGGCGGCCGCGAACGCGAAGCUGUUCCGCGGCGUUCGGCAGCGGCACUGGGGCAAGUGGGUGGCGGAGAUCCGCCUGCCCAGGAACCGGACGCGGCUGUGGCUCGGCACCUUCGACUCCGCCGAGGACGCGGCGCUCGCCUACGACAAGGCGGCCUUCCGCCUCCGCGGCGACGCGGCGCGCCUCAACUUCCCGUCACUCCGCCGGGGCGGAGCGCACCUCGCGGGCCCGCUCGACGCCUCCGUAGACGCCAAGCUGACCGCCAUCUGCCAGAGCCUCACCACCGCCGAGCCCGCGUCCGCCAGCACCACCGCCGCUGCUCCCCCGGACUCGCCCAAGGCCUCGGCGUCCACGACCACGACGGAGGGCGACGAGUCGGUACACUCCGCCGGCUCGCCUCCUUCCUCCCUCCCGCCGUUCCCGCAGCAGCAGCAGCAGCAUCCCGAGAUGGCGAGCCUGGACUUCACGGAGGCGCCGUGGGACGAGUCCGCCGCCCUGCACCUCAACAAGUACCCGUCCUGGGAGAUCGACUGGGACUCCAUCCUCUCGUGA